ACUGUCCGUGAUACGGGAGCAGGUGGUCCUGGCUGUGCGUCAAGAGUACGUGGCUUUGGGUGACCAGUCUGUGAGUUUACGCGACGGGGACGAAGUGGCAGUCAUCCCGCCACUUAGCGGGGGUUAAUCAUCGAGCCCAGGGGAUGACUGAGGAUGUGGACAGUCCACGUGACCUUAUCAAACUCACACAUGAAAAACUGUCAUCUGAUGUGGUGUCCACCUCUGUCACCUGUCCGUCUUGUGGAGCCAUAUCUAUGUUCAUCGGAACUACAAGAGACACUUUUGAAGGCCAGAAGGUGAUUCAGCUGGAGUAUGAAGCGUACGUCCCCAUGGCUGAGUUGGAGAUGAAGAAGAUUUGCACCAGCAUCAGAGCGGAGUGGCCAACAGUAAGGCACAUCUGUAUCCAGCAUAGAUUGGGGGUUGUUCCUGUGAUGGAGGCCAGUGUGAUUGUGGGGAUUUCAUCACCUCACAGAGCUGACUCUUUGGAGGCCGUGAGGUUCUGCAUUGACACCCUCAAGGCCACCGUCCCCAUCUGGAAAAAGGAGGUCUAUGAAACCGAAGAGGCCAGCUGGAAGCAGAACAAGGAGUGUUUGUGGUCAGUUGCCGGGAAGAAGUAGAGAAUGUGCAUGCAGCCCACAAGUUUCACACAGGGACGGGACAGAUGUUUUAUAGCAUGUCAAAUCACACACUGAACUGGUUCACACCUCCAACCGUUUUAAUGGAAGGCAACACACUAGCCUUCAAUGCAGUAAUGUUAUGUCAGAACUAUAUGGUAGAGCAUCACGAAUGUGGUAGGGCCACACAGUCUAUGCAUUUCCAUUCAGAACAAUGGGUAUAUUGUUCAAGUAAAUAACAAGUAAACAAAUGAAUAAAAGAAUUACAGUCUAAAGAAUGUACUCAAAAUAUUCUUGUUAUGUACACUGAUUGGGAUGCCUUAAUUGAAUAAAUAAAUAUAUCUGUAGUUAAAAUGACAUGCAGCCAUACCCCUUUACUAGGUCAAUAUUUAAACAUAAAUAUUGAUUUCAGACUAAUUUAAACUUUGGGGCACGUCAAUAGUUUGUGGUCCAUAGGUCCAAUACCUGAUUUAAGCUACAAUAUGAUCAAUCAUCACCUUUCACUGUUAUUGCUGUGGUUUCCAAAUCCAAAGUUAUUUUCAGGUAAAAAGAUAAAGGUAAAAUGCACUUACGUAUACACAUAAUUGUCAUCACAUGCAUUACAUUUAU